GAACGCUCAGCACAGACUCAACGGCCUUAGUGUAUCAGAGUUAGCUGACUUCUACCGCAGCCAUGACCACCUCCUCCCCAAUUCCCGUCGUCGACUUCGCCGCAUGGUACGGCAGCUCGCCCCAAGAACAGCACCGAAUCGCGCAAGAAAUUGCCGAUGCCUGUCGCCAUGUCGGCUUCGUCCAGAUCAGCAACCAUGGCGUGUCAGACCAGCUUGUGACCCAGGCAUUCGCGUGGUCCACCAUGUUCUUUAGCCUGCCGCUGGAGAAGAAGAAGACGGCACCUCACCUUGAGGGUGCUCCCAGCCCAAGGGGCUACUCCUGGCCAGGGCUCGAAAAGGUCUCCCAGGCGGGAUUCACCGGCCAAGCUCAGACAGACGAUGAGGCCGAAGCGCUUCGCCAGACCCCAGAUUUCAAAGAGAGCUUCGACGUCGGCAGCGACAGGUUACCGGGCCACGCCAACGUCUGGCCGCCCGAGGAAGCCGGUGGUCGUGUUGACACGGACCUGGCUGGCUUCCGUGCCUUUAUGACCCGCUUCUACAGCGACUGCUCCACCGUUGGGAGGGAGUUGAUGCGCGCUCUCGCCAUGGGUGUUGGCCUGCCGCCAGACGAGGAGGCCCGUCUGCUAGGGUCGCACACUGACGGGCUGAACAAUCAGCUUCGCCUGCUUCACUACCCCCCUGUGGCUGCCGCGGCGCUCGAGCGAGGCGAUAUUACGCGCAUGCCUGCUCACACGGACUGGGGGACUCUGACAAUGCUGUUCCAGGAUGACUGCGGCGGCCUGCAGGUCGAGAAUCCGUCGGCGCCAAACACGUUUGUGGACGCAACCCCUAUAAAGGGGGCGAUGGUCAUGAAUGUCGGCGACAGCCUGAUGAGGUGGACCAACAAUCGCCUCAAAUCAACCCUACACCGUGUGGUCAAACCGGCGGCAAAUGUUGAUGGCUCCCCCGCCCAAGACCCCGACACUACCCCACCCCGCCACUCUAUCGUGUACUUCAACAGUCCAGACCCAGAAGCGAUGGUUGAAUGCUUCCCAUCAUGCAUCAGUACCACCAAUCGCGCCGGGUACCUGCCAAUGGCUUACAGGGACUACAUGCUCUUACGAUCCAAGGGGCAGUAUUAGACACAAACUCCGCAGCAAUUCUGCCCUGAACUCGGAUUUUGAGACCCGGAUGAAUUUUUUCUACCUCGGAUAUCUCUUUUAUCCGGGGCAUCGCGUACUCCGGAUACAGCAGGCUUCAGAACCACCCAUGGACAUUGUCAUGGUCGCAGGGUUCCCUCAUCACCAUUUCGUCAGGCGCGAAAACGUCCAGGACGCCUCCCAAGUGUACUUUUCACCGGGGCCGGUGAUUUGCGCCUCGGUGCGGUUCCAUUGAGGGCUGCAGUUGAAUCAAGGAUUGCGGUCAGUGAAAUUAUUUGCCUUGGCGAAAGGAAAGCAGCUUCUGAGUUGGAAACUCAACUGGUUAAUGCCAUCAACAUAAUCGUGCGCCUCGAUGGCGAUGCACGAGCUCCGCCCGACCGUCUUGACACUAGCGGUUCCCUGGGUGCUCUUGAGCGAGCUCGUGCCGUCGAACCAGUUGCACGUGUAGACCUGCAGCCCCAGCUGGUCUGUCCGCAGCUCGGCCUUGACCCCCGAGAAACUGCUCGCGAGCGUCGCGACCACGGCCCCUCGGGGCGCCCCGUCGACCAGCCAGAAGCCGUUGUAGCCCUCGCAGGCGCCCCCGGCGCCGCAGUUGCCGGGGAACUGCGGGCUGCCGCUCGAGUGGCCCAACUGCAGGCCCGGGCGGGAGGCGAAGUCGUUGAUGGAGCCGGGCUCGGCGGCCAGGAUCCGGCCCGUCGGCAGCGCGCCGUCGUCGUUCUCGAGGUACCGCCGCGAGUAGGGCAGGUGCAGCGUGUGGUUCCAGAUCCGGGCAGGCCCGCGGUACGCGUCGAGGUUGAAGUAGGUGUGCUGCGUCAGCAUGAGCGGCGUCUUGGCCUGGGGCGACGCCGCCUCCAUGCAGAUGUUCCACACGCCGCCGUCGCCGACGCUGUAGGUCACGCUGGCGCGCACGUCGCCCGGCAUGCCCUGGGACGAGUUGGACUUGUCGAGGAUGGAGAAGGUGAUGGAGUCGUGCGUGAAGGCCGACACGUCCCAGAAGCGGAACGACCAGUUGUUGGUCCCGCUGUGCAGCGUGUUCGCGCCGUCGUUCUUUUCGGUUUGGAACACCCGGCCGUCGAUGGUGUAGUUGGCCCCGCCGAUGCGGUUGACGUACCGGCCGGGGAUCGCGUUGAGGACCGGGUGGCCCGGGUCGACGGCUACGUGUUGAUUUCUGAAGUAAGCGCCUGUAAUCCACCUAGCCGCUCAUUGUGGACACCUCCUCUGACCCUCACUCCCCACUUACGAUAGUAAGAAGUGUUGUCGUAUCCAAGCACGACGUCGACAUCUUUUCCGUUCUUGUCCUUGACGAAAAGGUUGGUGAGCGUUGCGCCGUAGGGGAUGAACUGCAGAGGGCAUCAGUCAGAAACUUGUUGCGCUUUCCCGCCAUUCGCCAACCCCCACAUCCGAUCCUUUCUCAUUCUCACCUGUGCCUUGAUCCCCUUGGCCUUGAUUGUGUAGCGGCCGUCAGCAUCGGGGGGAGCUAUGGCUUGGCCAAAGGUGAUAACCCCGUUCCCCAACAGGGCAAGGAUCGCUGCCGAGAAUCGCAUAUUGAAGCGAGCAAGGCGCUCAAGAAUGGC